AUGUCCAGCGAUCCGUGUGUGACUGUCACGACAAAGUUCAUCCCCUCCCUACAGUCACACCCCUUAUGUUCAAUAUCCUGCUCUUUCCGCCAUCAAUUGCUGAGCGGAUCUUUGUCUACCAUACUCACUGUGUCUACCAUACUCACUGUGUCUACCAUACUCACUGUGUCUACCAUACUCACUGUGUCUACCAUACUCACUGUGUCUGCCAUACUCACUGUGUCUGCCAUACUCACUGUGUCUACCAUACUCACUGUGUCUACCAUACUCACUGUGUCUACCAUACUCACUGUGUCUACCAUACUCACUGUGUCUACCAUACUCACCGUGUCUACCAUUCUCACUGUGUCUACCAUGCUCACUGUCUACCAUACUCACUGUGGCUACCAUACUCCUUUCCAUUAUCUCCGUUCUCCUUUGCCUAUGUGCUCAUCUCGUUCCCUCCUUACAGUCACACUCGUUAUGUUCAACAAGGCCGCCCUUUCCUCCUUCAACUUCCCUUGCGCCAACGUCAUCACUCUGCUUCAGAUGCUCUCCUCUACGGCCCUGUUAGCCGUUCUCCGCCUGGCAGACGUUCUCACCUUUGCGGAUGGCUCUGCUGCUGACGUGGCUCUGGGCAGAGGCAGCAGCAGCAUAGGCAGCAGCAGCGGUAGCAGCCUAGGGAGCAGCAAGGGAGGAGCAGCGGUGGGGCUGGGCAGGGUGGUGGCGGGCCUGUUUGCUCCCAGCUACUCUGUCUCUGUCGCCCCUGCUGGUGCUGUUGGUGGUGGGGGAAAAUUGGGGAAGGGAGGGAAGGGUGGGAGGAGCAGGGGCGGGCGCAGUGGGUUUGUGCCGCUGCAUACUCUUGCCAGGGUGCUGCCGCUGUCGCUCUCAUAUCUCCUCUACAUGGUGGUGGGUAUGGCGAGCAUAAGGGGAGUGAACGUGCCCAUGUACACGGCUCUCAGGCGCACCACGGUGGCCUUCACCCUUCUGGCCGAGCGACUGCUGUCAAGCAAGCGACACUCCUCAUACACGCUCAUCAGUGUGGCAGUCAUAGUCACAGGAGCACUGCUCGCAGCACUAAGGGACUUCUCAUUUGAAGCAUAUGGCUACUCACUCGUCUUCCUAUCCAACAUCACCACCGCACUCUACCUCGCCUUUAUUGCAAGACUCGGCAAGGCUACCGGCCUCAACAGCUUCGGCCUCAUGUGGUGUAAUGGCGUCAUCUGCAUCCCCGCCCUCCUCCUCUGGACAUUCCUCUCGGGGGAGAUUCAACGGGCGCUCGACUUUCCAGCGCUGCUGCAACCCGAUUUCCUGCCUGUGCUGUCCAUGUCAUGCCUCAUGGCCUUUGCUCUCAACUACACCAUUCUCCUCAACACCUCAUCUGCUCCAACCAACCAGUUCAAUCUCUCCCAAUCUCCCCUUCCCACCCACCAGGCUGUGCUGUCCAUGUCAUGCCUCAUGGCCUUUGCUCUCAACUACACCAUCUUCCUCAACACCUCAUCUGCUCCAACCAACCAGUUCAAUCUCUCCCAAUCUCCCCUUCCCACCCACCAGGCUGUGCUGUCCAUGUCAUGCCUCAUGGCCUUUGCUCUCAACUACACCAUCUUCCUCAACACCUCAUCUGCUCCAACCAACCAGUUCAAUCUCUCCCAAUCUCCCCUUCCCACCCACCAGGCUGUGCUGUCCAUGUCAUGCCUCAUGGCCUUUGCUCUCAACUACACCAUCUUCCUCAACACCUCUCUUAACUCUGCCCUCACCCAAACCAUGUGUGGCAACAUCAAGGUGUGUGGCAACAUCAAGGUGUGUGUGUGGCAACAUCAAGGUGUGUGUGUGGCAACAUCCGGGUGUGUGGUAACAUCAAGGUGCGUGGCAACAUCAAUCAAGGUGUGUGGUAACAUUAACGUAUGGUGGCAACAUCAAGGCGUGGUGGUGUGGUAA